CGAAAUGUAGAGGUGCCCUGAGAAUCUGACGCAACGUUCUAUCCAGCCGUUAGGCGGCGGUGAUGUCAUUUCAGCCGCUGGCUUUCUAAACAGUGAAGGAGGAUCUGCAUGAAUCGCUUCCUGUGUGUAAUACAUAAACAACACUACGAAGGCGAAAGCUGGUCUUGUCUGCGCCUGAUGCUGUCCAGUGCUCUCCGCUGCCUGCGUCCCUCCACCUGCACCCUUGCCUUAACCAGACAGCUGACCCAUCACCGGCCCCACAUGGGUCCUGUGGAGACCACAAUACGGAACAAACUGGGCCAGGCACUCAAACCUGAGCACCUGGAGGUCAUGAACGAGAGUCACAUGCACGCCGUACCCGCUGGUUCAGAGUCCCACUUCAGAGUUCUGGUGGUGAGUCCUCAGUUUGAGGGUCUUUCGCUCUUGCAGCGUCAUCGGCUUGUAAACGAGACCCUGCGGGAGGAGCUCAGCAGCUGCGUUCAUGCCCUCGCCAUCCAGGCUAAGACGCCCCAGCAGUGGAGCAGCAACCCCAGCCUGGCCAAAAGCCCCCCGUGCAUGGGAGGAUCCAAGCAUGAUAACACCAUGGCUGAGAAACUGAAGGCGGGUCGAGACUGACUGACCAAAUCUUAGAGUUGAUGGGUAUUUAAUAAUAUAAUAAUCAGUUUUUUUCACAUUUGCUUCAUGCAUAUUUCUCAUCUGGAGCUGAAUGGGACUAAUACACAAUAUUUAAUUGAAUUCAUAAAAACAUUAUUAUUAUUAUGCAAUUUGUUCUUAUUGGCUUGGACUGGUUAAGUACUAUAAUGAAAUGUGGUUUAUGUUUUAUUUACAUUGGAAGGAAGUGCUUCUUGUUUUAACACAUGGAAAAUUAAAAUGAUUACCAAAGUA